AUGGCUGAAGAAAAUCAAGUCAUCGACUGCAACACUACUGACGCAUGGGAAGAGCAGCUCCGUAGGGGAAACGAGAACAAGAGACUGGUGGUGGUGGAUUUCACUGCUUGGUCUUAUGGACCUUGCCAGUUGAUCGCCCCAAUCUUGGCGGAGUUGGCUAAGAAGAACCCAGAAUGCCGACCUUCCUCUUCCUCAAGGAAAGGCAAGGUAGUGUACAAGGUUGUGGGUGCUAAGAAAGACGAGUUACGGACCAAAGUAGGGAAGCAUGCCGCUGUUGCCUCCCCCACCGAUGAUUCCUGUCCCACCAGUGAUACCUGCCCCAGCGGCGCUACUGCUAUCGCUACUGCUACUUCUUCUGAGAGUGCUACUGCUACUUGUACUGCUACGUACUGUUACUUCUACUGA